UUACAAAUCCUAUUUUGUGGAGCGCUCUUAAGGAGCAGAAAACACUACUUGAACACACAAGUAGCGAUAAGAUCUGUGACGUACAUGAUGGCCACGAGUACAAAAGGCAUUCCAAAUUUUUAUCGGAGCCUAAUCACAUUUCAUUUAUAUUAAACACUGAUGGAGUAAGCCUCUACAAGUCCAGUAACGUCUCUAUAUGGCCUGUGUGGUUGGUUAUCAAUGAACUUCCCAAGAACCUAAGAUACAGUAAGAGAAAUAUGAUUCUGCACUCUAUUUGGUAUUCUGCCGAGAAGCCCACCAUGACCACCCUACUCAAGCCUCUUGUUAAUGAUGUCAAUCAACUGUGCCUUCAAGGUGUACAUGUAUCGACACCUGAUGGGGUCAAACUUGCCAGAGGAAUUAUCUUACAGUGUUCUGUGGACUUGCCUGCAAGGGCUUGUGUGCUGCAAAUGAAGCAAUUCAAUGGUGCACAUGGUUGCUGCUAUUGUGAGCAAAAAGGUGAAACUGAGCCAUCCAAUCCCAUGCAUCGUUUUUGGCCCUAUGAAGCAUCUGUUACCAAACGAACACAUGAGUCUUUACUCUCCAACGCAGAAGAGGCUGUCCAAACGAAGAGUGCCGAAAAAGGAGUUAAAGGAUAUUGUGCGCUUUAUAGGCACCCACCCUUUAACCUUGGAGCUGGCAUUGUCAUUGAUGAUCUACACUGCCUCUAUUUAGGGGUUGUCCUAAGCAUGCUGAAGUACUGGUUUGAGAAGGGAAAUAAAGGGAAACCAUUCUACAUUGGUGACAAGAUUGAAUUUUGCAACAAGAGGCUUCUAGGCAUUAAAGUGCCAGACAUUAUUUCCCGGGUGCCUCAUACCUUGCACGAAUUCAAACACUGGAAAGGCUCUCAACUGAAGGCAUGGCUUUUGUACUUUGCUGUACCAGUGUUGUGUGGAGUCCUACCUGCUACAUUCAUGAAUCACUUCUACCUUUUGGUUGCGGCUGCCCAUUUCUUAUCAUCAGAGAUGAUAACCAGUAGACAUAUUGACCUGGCCGAAGGCUUUCUUACUCAAUUUUACAUGCAGAUGUCAGCCUUGUAUGGAAAAAAGAAGUGUACUAUGAACUUUCACAUGCUUUCUCAUUUCACUGAGUGUGUCAGGAACUGGGGCCCAUUGUGGGCAUACUCAUGCUUCCAUUUUGAGUCCAUGAAUGGGCAAUUAAAGUCCUUCUUUCAUGGAACAAGGGACAUGACCCAGCAGGCUAUAUUUUCUUUUGCGAUGAUGCAAUCACUGCCAAGUUUAGCAAUAUCAAGUGAAUGCCCCCAAAUGAAAGCCUUACUAGAGGUUUUAUUUGAUCGCAAAAAACAAGCCUGUCACCCCACUUACACUGGGCUACCCACAGCAGUUGUUGGUGGUAAUACGUUAAUGCUGCCAUCCCCAACACUUCAAGCAGUUUGUCCGGAAGUCAGAGGAAACUCUCGCAUUAACGUGUUUUAUCGACUCUCUCUUCGAAAUUGCCUGUAUUACAGCAAAAAGUACCAUAGAGUAAAGAAGAGAAACAGCUACACCGUUAAGUUUCUCUCUACUGGUGGUUCCGUAGCUUUGGGCCAAAUUGACUACUUCAUUUUGCUGGACAAUUCUUCCCUACUUGCUGUCGUAACAAAAGCUAUUCCAAAUGCUCUUAUGCAUGAGAAAUUAAACGGUGCAAUCGAAGCUUUAGACAAAGUGAUCGUGCCUGUGUCAUUUGGUCCUGGAGUUGAAGUAAUACCUGUUUUGAACAUAUUAUGCAAAUGUGUGUGUGUAGACAUCCUAUCUACUGAAAAGUAUAUUAUUUUAUUCCCAAAUACUGUGUUUGGAGACUAAUUUUUUUAUCCACUAACAGUAAUGAUUUUUAUGAACAGUAUACAAAUGAUUAUUUCAUGGAAUAUAUCUCUUGGACUUGAUUCCUGGAACUUGACUGUGAAAU